GGGGUCUUCUUCCAGUUUUGUAUAUCCAUGGGGAAGAUCACAACUUCAACCCAGCCCAUCGCUCGGGAGGCUUCCAAUUAUGACGAGGUUUUCAUGCACCAGAGCUUGCUCUUUGAUGAUUGUCUCAAGGAUUUGAAGAAUCUGAGAACACAAUUAUACUCUGCAGCCGAGUAUUUUGAACUCUCAUACACCAAUGAUGACCAAAAACAGAUCGUGGUAGAGACACUGAAGGAUUAUGCCAUAAAAGCUCUUGUAAAUACAGUGGACCAUAUAGGUUCUGUGACCUAUAAGGUGAACGACUUGUUAGAUGAGAAAAUUGUUGAAGUCUCUGAAGCUGAGCUACGCGCAUCCUGUAUUCAACAGAGAAUAAGAACAUGCCAAGAUUUUAUGGAUCAUGAGGGACGGACCCAACAGUCACUGGUGAUAAAUACUCCUAAAUAUCACAAGCGAUACAUUCUGCCAGUUGGGGAGACCAUCCAUGGUGCCAACAGAAAAAGAUCAAAAUACAUAGGAUGCAAUCUAGAUGAUGAAGAUGACUGGCAUCACUUUAGGAAUGCUGUUCGAGCUACAAUCAGAGAGACCCCACCUUCUACAGUGAGCAAAGGAAGAUCCCCAUCACCUUUACAACCUCAAAAGUCAGGAGCUUUUUCAUUCACUUCUAGCACGCCCAAGAAAGAUUUAGAUAAGAGGGCAACAUCACCGUACCGAUUUCCACUUUUGCGAACUGGAUCUCUGUCAAGUAGGCCUACAACACCAAAGUCUAGUAGCAGACCCACAACUCCAAACUCAAGUAGACCAACCACACCAAAUCCUCCUGUAAGACCAAGGUACCCUUCUGAGCCUCGCAAAUCAUAUUCAAUGCGACUCACUGCUGAGAGGGAGAACGGGAAGGAUGUUGAGCAAAUUCCCAGUAAAAGUAAAAGACUCCUAAAGGCCUUACUCAGCAGGCGUAAGUCAAAGAAGGAUGAUAUGCUCUACUCAUACUUGGACGAGUACUGAUUGGCGUCGAGCUAGUUGAAAUUAAGAGACCCAAGAACAUGAGGGUAGAAACAACUGGAGUUUUGCUUGCCAUUUUUUUAACCAUUUUGGGUUGAUUGUUUCUCGUGUCCUUCAAAUGAACAUAUAUGCCAUAAAUUUUCUUUUUUUUCUUUCCUUUUCUUUUUUAUUGGUUUCCUUUUGUUUUAAAUGUUAGCUAUGAGAGGGAUUCUUCAUGAUCUAAUGAGAUUCCCAUAGCCAUUUUGUGUGGCGUUUCAAUGUAAUACGAUCUUUGUGUUACAAUGGAUUGCAUUCUCACGAGUUGUAAAUUCGGCUUUUCUCUCCA